AUGAUGGCAAGAAGAGAAAUCUUCCGAGGGUUUACGAACAUGCUCAGAGGAGUCCGAAUGCACUCUGGUGGUAUUGCAAGGAAACAAUUUGCAAAGAUUGAGGAGAGCGAUAUCAGCACAUUUAGGAAGCUUCUCGGAGAAAAAUCAGUCAUCACCAAUGACGAUUCACUGGAGUUUCACAACAAUGACUGGAUGAAGCAAUAUCGUGGAAACAGCAAGGUUGUCCUCAAGCCCAAGUCGACAGAGGAGGUGUCAAGUAUUUUGAAACAUUGCAACGCAAGGAAGUUGGCUGUUGUGCCCCAGGGGGGGAACACAGGAUUAGUCGGGGGAAGCGUUCCUGUAUUUGAUGAAGUUGUUCUUUCUUUGUCAUCGAUGAACAAAGUUCUUUCUUUGGAUGAGUACAGUGGGGUCGUAGAGUGUGAAGCAGGCUGCAUCCUCCAAAAUCUCGAAGAGCAUCUCGCAAAACAUGGUUUCGUUGUGCCUCUAGAUCUUGGUUCUCGUGGAUCCUGUCAACUCGGCGGCAACGUGUCGACCAACGCGGGAGGGCUCCGCCUCAUUCGAUUCGGCUCUUUGCGAGCUUCAGUGCUGGGGAUCGAGGCCGUCAUGGCGGACGGAACAGUUUUGGAUUCCCUAAAGACUUUGAGAAAGGACAACACCGGCUACGACAUCAAGCAGUUGUUCAUUGUGCCAAGGAAAUUAGAGAGCGUUCAUUUAGCAAUGCUGGGAUGCAACAAUUUUCAGCAAGUGUUGGAAGCAGUAGCCGCAGCGAAAUUUAAACUCGCAGAGAUCGUAAGCGCGAUCGAAUUUUUCGAUCAGCAAUGUAGCGAUCUUGUUGUUCGAAACCUCCCUGGGAUGUCUCACGUACUGGAAACAAGCUCUCCUUUCUGGGUGCUCGUUGAGACGACAGGCAGUGAGGACAGUCACGAUUCGGACAAGCUGUACAACUUUCUCAAUUAUUGCAUGGAGAAACAGGUCGUGGAGGGGGGCACCGUUGCGGAGGGAGGGACCCAAAUGCGAAAGCUGUGGGGGAUGAGAGAAAACAUUCCCAUGGCACUCUUGAAAGAAGAAGAGGUGUUUAAGUAUGACCUGUCGGUUCCUACCUCCGAGAUGUACAACCUGGUCGAGAUCGUGAGGGAGAGGUUGAAAGAGCGCUACCCUCAAGCAGGUGUCUUCGGGUAUGGACAUCUGGGAGAUGGGAACCUACACCUGAACGUCACAUGCCCCACAGCUGACAAGGAGGCGGUUGAGAGCAUCUUAGAACCCUUUGUGUACGAAUGGACAGCAGAAAAGAGAGGAAGUAUCAGCGCCGAGCACGGGAUAGGGCAGAUGAAGAUCUCAAAGCUGUACUUGUCCAAGCCUCCAGAGCUGAUUGCGCUCAUGAGGCAGAUCAAAGGAGUCUUCGAUCCCAACGGCAUCCUAAACCCGUACAAAGUCCUUCUAGAUGAAUAA